GGCAUGGGCGGGCUCGGAAAAACCACUCUUGCCCAGCUAGUUUAUAAUGAUGAUGAAGUUAAGAAACAUUUUGAACUCAAGGCAUGGGUUUGUGUCUCUGAAGAAUUCGAUAUUUCUCGGGUCACAAAAACGGUGCUUCAAUCAGUGUCUCCAACUUCUUCUAAGGAUGUUACAGACCUAAAUUCCCUACAAGUGGAGUUGAAAGAGAAGUUAACGGGACGGAAGUUCUUGAUCGUUUUAGAUGAUGUUUGGAAUGAGAGUUAUGUUGAUUGGGAGGACUUGAGGAUUCCUUUCAAAGAUGGGGCUCAUGGAAGCAAGAUUAUCGUGACAACAAGAAGCAAAAAGGUUGCUUCUAUCAUGGGAACAGUUUCGAGCCAUAUUCUGAAGGAAUUAUCAAAUGAAGCUUGUUGGGAACUCUUUGCAAAGCAUGCUUCUGGAGCUGGAGACUUUACUGCCCGUCGGGAUCUAGAAAGAAUUGGGAGAGAAAGCGUAAAGAAAUGCAAAGGCGUGCCGUUAGCUCUAAAAACACUUGGAGGACUAUUGCGCUCUACGUUGGAUGUUGGGGAAUGGGAAAAAAUAUUGAAGAGUGAUAUUUGGGAUUUUACAGAUGAGCAGAGCAAAAUUCUUCCAGCUUUGAGAUUGAGUUACCAUUAUCUCCCUUCUCCCUUAAAACGAUGUUUUGCUUAUUGUUCAGUAAUUCCCAAGGACCGUGAAUUUGAAAAGGAGGAUUUGAUCUUACUAUGGAUGGCGGAAAAUCUUCUGGAGCAGCCAAAGAGAAGUAAGAGAAUGGAAGAAGUGGGUGAUGAGUACUUUAAUGAUUUAGUAUCUAGAUCAUUUUUUCAACAACAAAGUAACGACAGCCGUUCCAUUUUUGGCGAUGAGUCAUUCUACAAUAUAGUCUGUGUUAGACUUUAUAACUGCAAAUAUUGCCUGAAUUUGCCCCCACUUGGUCAAUUGCCGUCCCUCAAAGAACUUUAUAUUUCAGGAUUUGAUGCAAUAGUAAGGGUGGGUCCUGAGUUUUGUGGGAGUAGCUCAUCAAGUGCAAAGCCUUUUGCAUCGUUGGAAAGCCUGAGGAUCAAUGAUAUGUCAAACUGGGAGGAAUGGUUAAUGCCAGAUGAAGCUUUCCCAAAGCUUAAAUCGCUUUCUAUAUGUCGUUGCAAGAAGCUUACUGGAGACUUGCCUCACCUCCUUCCAUAUUUGACAGAGUUUUCCAUCUGGGCAUGUCCAGAACUUGCUUCUUCCCUCCCAAUGAUGCCAAUCGUCAACAAUGUAGACCUUGUAAACUGUGAGAAGAUUACUGGAUAUGAUGUUGUAGAAUCAUUUGUGUGUCUUGAACAUCUUGAAAUCUGCAAGUCUCUUGAGUCAACAACUUGUAGGUCCCUUCCUGCUGGCUUGAAAUGGCUUGAGUUCUGGAAUUGCCAGAAUUUAGAGAUUCCUCUGCUCAACUCAUAUGACUGCCCCAAUCUGACUGACAUUUGGAUUUGGAAUUGCGAAAAGAGGAAGGGCUGGUGCCUAGCACUAUCACAGAGCUUCAAAUCCGGGAUCUUGAAUGGCUUAAAACACUGGACAGCAAUGGGCUUCAACAACUCACCUCUUUAACUUCACUUUCUAUCGGAUGGUGUUAUAACUUGCAGACAAUUACAGAAAAAGGGCUUCCGUCCUCUCUUCAAAACUUUGAGUUGUCUGUCUGUCCUUUGCUGGAGAAAAAGUGCGAGAGGGAGAAAGGGGAGUAUUGGAACAAGAUUGCUCACAU